UCUCCGCUCUCCCGCUUCCCUCCCUUCCGCCCUCCCGCGCGCGCUCUGUUCCCCCAGCUCCCUUCCUCUCCCGUUGACUCACCCCGCCAGGAAUAGGGAUCGCCUGUGCUUUCCCGUCAGUCCCCUUCUGGGAAAACUCCUCCCUCUGCUCCGCCCCGCUCCGCGCACCGGCCACAGCGCGCUGGACACCGCGCACCGGACACCGCGCACCGAGUACCGCGCGCCGGGCGGGGCGAGCUGGGUUUGGGCCCGCGCGGAGUCGGCUCCGUCCCGCGAUCCGCCUUCAUCCCCGCCCAGCCGGUCGGCCCGGGGCCGGAGCCCGGGUCUCCGCUCGCUGACCCCGCGUUGUCUCUGCAGCGCCCUCGCCCGCCUCUCCGGACCUCAGCGGAGCCGCGGCUGGAAGAGCCGCGGGGCUGGCUCCGCGUACCCGCCCACCUCCUCGCACCCUGGGACCGGUCGGAAUGAGCUGAUCGCCCGCUACAUCAAGCUCCGGACAGGGAAGACCCGCACCAGGAAGCAGGUGUCCAGCCACAUCCAAGUGCUGGCUCGGCGAAAAGCCCGUGAGAUCCAGGCCAAGCUAAAGGAUCAGGCAGCUAAGGACAAGGCCCUGCAGAGCAUGGCUGCCAUGUCGUCCGCCCAGAUCAUCUCCGCCGCAGCCUUCCACAGUAAAAUGACCCUCACCCGGGGCCCAGGCUACCCAGCGGUCUCAGGGUUUUGGCAAGGAGCUCUGCCGGGCCAAGCCGGAACGUCCCACGAUGUGAAACCUUUCUCCCAGCAAACCUACACUGUCCAGCCGUCACUGCCUCUGCCAGGGUUCGAGUCUCCGGCAGGACCUGCCCCGUCGCCGUCUGCGCCCCCCGCGCCUCCAUGGCAGGGCCGCAGCGUGGCCAGCUCCAAGCUCUGGAUGUUGGAGUUCUCUGCCUUCUUGGAGCGGCAGCAGGACCCCGAUACGUACAACAAACACCUGUUCGUGCACAUUGGCCAGUCGAGCCCCAGCUACAGCGACCCCUACCUCGAAGCCGUGGACAUCCACCAGAUCUACGACAAGUUCCCCGAGAAGAAGGGCGGCCUCAAGGAGCUCUUUGAACGUGGACCCUCCAAUGCCUUUUUCCUCGUGAAGUUCUGGGCAGACCUCAACACCAACAUGGAGGACGAGGGCAGCUCCUUCUAUGGGGUGUCCAGCCAGUACGAGAGCCCCGAGAACAUGAUCAUCACCUGCUCCACCAAGGUGUGCUCCUUCGGCAAGCAGGUGGUGGAGAAAGUGGAGACCGAGUAUGCACGCUACGAGAAUGGCCACUACUCCUACCGCAUCCACCGCUCCCCACUCUGUGAGUACAUGAUCAACUUCAUCCACAAGCUGAAGCACCUGCCUGAGAAGUACAUGAUGAACAGUGUGCUGGAGAACUUCACCAUCCUGCAGGUGGUCACCAACAGAGACACCCAGGAGACCCUGCUGUGCGUUGCGUACGUCUUCGAGGUGUCAGCAAGCGAGCACGGGGCUCAGCACCACAUCUACCGGCUGGUGAAGGAGUAGAGACCAGGGACAGGGAGGGGGUGACGUCACGUGUGCAGGGACGAGGGGAGGGGCCCCACAGGGGCAGCCCCCGAAGCACCGAGAGUUGAGGUGGUGACUCUUCUACCUAGGAGCAAACUCUGCCUGAACCCGCAAUUGCCCAAGCCCAAUAAACCCCAGCUCUGUGCGUCUCCA